UAAGAUUUUUCUCCAGUGUGCACUUUCAAAUGUCUUUUCAACUGAUCUGCUCGAUUAAACUGCUUAAAACAAGUUUCACACUUGUAAGAUUUUUCCCCAGUGUGCAAGAUUAUAUGUUGUUUCAAAUUACUUGCUUGAUUAAAUUGCUUAAAACAAAUUUCACACUUGUAAGGUUUCUCCCCAGUGUGCAAUCUCAAAUGUGUUUUCAAAUUACCUGCUUCACUAAACUGCUUAAAACAAAUUUCACACUUGUAAGAUUUUUCUCCAGUGUGCACUUUCAAAUGUCUUUUCAACUGAUCUAUUCGAAACUGCUUAAAACAAAUUUCACACUUGAAAGAUUUUUCCCCAGUGUGCAGGUUUAUAUGUUGUUUCAAAUUACUUGCUUGAUUAAAUUGCUUAAAACAAAUUUCACACUUGUAAGGUUUUUCACCAGUGUGCACUCUCAAAUGUCUUUUCAAUUGAUAUGCUCGAUUAAACUGUUUAAAACAAGUUUCACACUUGUAAGAUUUUUGUCCAGUUGCAACUUCUAUAUUUUUAUUUAAUGUUUUUCGUUCAGAGUGUUGACUCAUAUUAUUUCCUUCGUAAGAUGAAUUCUCAGGUGGGCAUUCUGAUUGUUUAUUAUUCUGUGAUAUUACAGAACUUUUUUAAACUGUCAAAAAAAAAAAUUUCACAUUGUGAAAAAUCUGUAAAUUUACAUAAUUUAAAUAUUAGCAUCAAUUUUUUAUUUU